AUGUGCCAAAGCACGGUCCGCAAGAUCCUCGAGAUGGAGUACAGGUUCCUAGGGAACACAGGCCUUAAAGUGAGCGCCCUCGGUUUGGGUGCUUGGGUCCCGGAGGCCAAAGAGAUCCUCCAGGAUGCGUUUAACUCAGGAGUCAACUUCUUCGACAAUGCUGAGGUGUACGCGGGGGGCAAGGCGGAGCAGGUGAUGGGCCAGGCCUUCAAAGAGCUGGACAUCAAGCGCUCUGAGCUGGUACUCACCACCAAGAUCUUCUGGGGCGGCGAAGCCCCCAAUGAGAAAGGCCUGUGCCGGAAGCACGUGAUCGAGGGCACCCAGGCGUCGCUUAAGCGGUACGGGGUCGACUACUUUGACGUCAUCUACGCGCACCGGCCUGACGUCACGACCCCGAUCGAGGAGACUGUGCGCGCAUUCAACCACAUCAUCGACAAGGGCUACGCAUUCUACUGGGGCACGAGCGAGUGGUCCGCGCAGCAGAUCGAAGCGGCGUGGGGGAUUGCCAAGCGGCUGGGCUUGAUUGGGCCCGUGGUGGAGCAGCCAGAGUACAACCUCUUCCAUAGGGACAGGGUCGAGGUGGAGUACGAACCUCUGUACGAGGAGUACAAGUUGGGUCUGACCACGUGGUCUCCGCUCGCGUCCGGGCUGCUGACGGGCAAGUACUCCAAGGGCCACAUCCCGGAGGGAUCCCGCCUGUCUCUCGACGCGUACAAGAGCCUGAGGGAGCGCCUGCUGACGGAAGAGAAUCUGGAGAAGGUGGACAAGCUGAAGCCGAUCGCGCAAGAAAUUGGCGCCACGCUCGCGCAGUUCUCGCUCGCGUGGGUGCUCAAAAACCCGCACGUCUCGACGGUUCUCACGGGCGCCUCCAAGCGGGAACAGUUCGAGGAGAACAAGGAAGCGCUCAAGUUCUUGCCUAAGCUAACGUCCGAGGUGAUUGAGAAGGUCGAAGAUGUCAUGAAGAACAAGCCGACUCCGCCUAAGAACUACAGGGAGUGGAAGCCAUGA